AUGGCCGACGCUGUGAUUCCUGCCGCCGUGCUGCGUAAUCUUUCCGACAAGCUCUAUGAGAAGCGAAAGAAUGCGGCUCUCGAGGUUGAGGGAAUAGUGAAGUCGCUGACGGCCGCCGGGGAUCACGAGAAGAUAUCGGCGGUCAUCAAUGUGUUGACCAACGAAUUCACCUACUCACCCCAAGCCAACCACCGCAAGGGAGGAUUGAUAGGACUAGCAGCUGCAACGGUAGGGUUGACUACAGAAGCAGCCCAACAUCUCGAGCAAAUUGUGCCACCCGUACUUAGUUCAUUUGCUGACCAAGAUAGCAGAGUUCGUUAUUAUGCUUGUGAAGCUCUAUAUAAUAUUGCCAAGGUGGUUAGAGGAGAUUUUAUUAUUUUCUUUAAUCAAAUUUUUGAUGCCUUAUGUAAACUUUCGGCAGACUCAGAUGCCAAUGUACAGAGUGCUGCUCAUCUUUUGGAUCGGCUUGUAAAGGACAUCGUUACUGAAAGUGAUCAAUUCAGCAUUGAAGAGUUUAUACCAUUGUUGAGAGAGCGCAUGAAUGUCCUAAAUCCCUACGUCCGUCAGUUUUUGGUGGGAUGGAUUACUGUAUUGGACAGUGUUCCAGAUAUAGAUAUGCUCGGUUUUCUUCCUGAUUUUCUAGAUGGUUUGUUCAAUAUGUUGAGCGAUUCUAGCCAUGAAAUACGACAACAAGCUGAUUCUGCCCUUUCAGAGUUUCUUCAAGAGAUUAAGAAUUCACCAUCUGUAGAUUAUGGUCGCAUGGCUGAAAUACUGGUUAAGAGGGCAGCUUCUCCAGAUGAGUUUACUCGGUUAACAGCUAUCACAUGGAUAAAUGAGUUUGUGAAACUUGGUGGUGACCAACUUGUUCCUUAUUAUGCUGAUAUUCUGGGAGCCAUUCUUCCGGGCAUAUCUGACAAAGAAGAGAAAAUUAGAGUGGUUGCUCGUGAAACCAAUGAAGAGCUUCGUACAAUCAAGGCUGAUCCUGCUGAAGGAUUUGAUGUUGGAGCAAUUCUCUCCAUUGCAAGGAGGCAAUUAUCAAGUGAGUGGGAGGCUACUCGAAUUGAAGCAUUGCACUGGAUAUCAACCCUUUUGAACAGACAUCGCGCUGAGCUUAAGAGGAUGCAGUUCAAGCUGUCUGGAGUUGGCAUUAGAGAUAGAGUUAGUGGUGCAGGCUUUCAUAUUCUUAACACAGAGCAGAAGUUUGGUUCAUUUCGCAUCACUGAUGUUCGUGACUCUCAUCUUCAACUUGCUCUGCUAGUUUGUUCAGAAAUUGACCCUAAGGUGGUACUCCUUGUUCUUGAGGUUCAUGCAUGCAUAGCGAGAGAUCCACAACACUUUCGCCAACUUGUUGUGUUCUUGGUGCAUAAUUUUCGCAUUGAUCACUCUCUUCUGGAGAAGCGUGGUGCUUUGAUAAUCCGACGACUCUGUGUUCUUUUAGAUGCGGAAAGGGUCUAUCGCGAACUUUCUACAAUAUUAGAGGGGGAAGCUGACCUGGAUUUUGCAUCAAUAAUGGUUCAGGCUUUGAAUUUGAUUUUACUCACAUCCUCUGAAUUAGCUGACCUUCGAGAUCUUUUAAAACAAUCUCUGGCGAAUUCUGCCGGGAAAGAUUUAUUUGUUGCUUUGUAUGCUUCGUGGUGCCAUUCGCCCAUGGCAAUUAUAAGCCUUUGUUUAUUAGCACAGACUUACCAGCAUGCCAGUACCGUGAUUCAGUCGCUGGUAGAGGAAGAUAUCAAUGUGAAGUUCUUGGUACAGCUGGAUAAAUUGAUCCGUUUGCUGGAAACUCCCAUCUUUGCUUACCUUAGAUUGCAGCUUCUUGAACCUGGAAGAUAUACAUGGUUGUUAAAAGCUUUAAAUGGUCUUCUGAUGCUGCUCCCCCAGCAAAGUGCGGCUUUUAAGAUCCUGCGAACUCGUUUAAAAACUGUACCCUCAUAUUCCUUCAGUGGUGAUCAAGUUAAGCGAACAUCUUCAGGGAACACUUACUCUCAGAUCCUACAUCACAUUCCAAGUGGAUCGCAAAUUUCUGAGGAUGGUGAUGUAAACCAGGAUGUAGGGACUUUGAAUUCGCAUAAUGGAAUUAAUUUCACUUCAAGGCUGCAUCAGUUUGAGCAAAUGCAACGACAACAUCGGGUGCAUGCAAAAGCACAGGCUCAGUCUCGCAAAAUUUCCACUUCAUCAUCAAAGGAUGUACAAAGACCAGGGGAACCCAGGCACCAAGCUCCUUUGGAUAAUAGUGGGCCUCCUUCAAGAUCAUCUAGGAAAGGCCCGGGGCAGUUACAACUUUAA